AUGGGUAACGUGUUCGUAUUGAGAGUGAAGUUCGCGGGUGAGUCCUUUAGAACUAGGAUAGUAGCGGAGAUGUUCGAGACUGUGAAGGAUGUGAAACGGUUGAUAACCGAGGCGUGGCCACAUCUAAAAGGCGAGAAAUUUGAAGUAUUGUUACCGACUGGGGAGACCUUCUGGGAGCUGGGAGAUGAGAAGUCUGUGCUGGAGCUGGUGGAGGAUGCACCUAAGGAGCCCUGUGGGGUGUUACCGGAACUGAAGGUUGAAGUCAAGCUUGCUGCAUCGUCAUCGAGGAAGACUGCAACGAGUGUAAACCUCACUGCAGGGAGUGUGCCGCUCCCGAUGGACAAGCAUAGGGUUGCCAGUCUUCACUUUUUACAGUGUGACGAUUGUCACAUGUUCCCGAUCGUUGGGAAAAGUAUGGAUGGUGUGUGGAACGAUCAGAGAUUUGAUGAUGCUGAUCGAGGGUGUCCGAGAGAUAUGAAGAGGUUCAAGAGUGAUUCGAGAGAUGAUAUCGUCCUAUGCGAGAUGUGCUAUCUAGUGCACGCGGCUGAUGUCCUCAAGGUUGCGUACAAGUGCUCUCGUUUGGUCAGUCCGGGCUUCUGGGAUGGUCCGGGAUCGGAUACCGUAUGGAAGGCUAAGCACUUUCAUGUUACGUGCAAUACGUGUGGGGAGUCCCCGAUUGAGGGAAGGAGGUACCAUUGUGCGGUAUGUGCUGACUUUGACUUAUGCGCCACUUGCUAUAAGAAGCCUACGAACAAGCAGCACAGGACUGACCAUUGCUUUACCCUUAUAGCUAAGCCGGUGACUCUGUGGAGUGUCAAGACUAGGGAGCCUAGGGGCGUCCCAUUGGGAGACCUGCCUUGCGAGAUGUGUCACAAUAGGGGACAGGGAGGUGGCAGGUACGGAUGCGACAUACGUCGGGCGGGUCGUUCGGAGCAGCCCUCGGACGUGAUCCGUGAGAUCAUGCAAGCGGUGAGCGAGAGAGAACGAGAGCCUUAUGAGUCGAUGUGGGCAGAGGAACCUCCCAGAGAGCCCCAGGUCCAUGACAGAUUCCUUGCUGUAAGACUAGAUUUCACUUCUCUCAUCGUUAUGUGGGAAAACAGCUUUUUCAUCGUGAAGCUGGCCUACGGCAAGGAGUCACUCCAGUGUAGAUGCCCGAUGGCUACGAUUCGCACUGUGGGAGAUCUGCAUAGACUGAUAGAGGAGGCCUGGCCUAGUCUGGGGACUGUUGAGUAUACGGCAACCCUACGUGGCGGUCGAGAGCUCAGCACCUGGCCUCGUGAUCGCCCCAUCUCGGCCUUGAUCUCGGAGGGCCUCGCUGAGUCGGUGUAUAUGUUCCCUCGAUUGAAGCUUCGCGUUAAGGCGUCCCAAAAGGGAUCCUCGGGGUCCAAGAAGGGGCCCCAGCCGAUGGACGGCCACAAGCCUGCAUCGAUGCACCUGCAAAGCUGUAGGGAAUGCGAGAUGUUCCCCAUAGUGGGGCGAAGCUUCAACUGCGCUACUUGUCCCUCGGGGGUCCUCUGUGCAUGGUGCUACGAUAAGCAUGAUAAGCAUCAUACGAUAACACCGUUGGUGAUGGCAUGUGAUGGCGUAUGGGAAGGGAGUAUGUUCACACAGAAUGCCCGGGAUAUGACGGAGAUCCUCAGAGAAAGGCAUCGUCCUUGGCCUGGUGACACCGUAGACAUUGACUCCGUCCAAGUAGGGGAGAAUCCUUUCCCUGCGAUGGUUGCCGAAGUGUUCUCAAAGUCGGAGGCCCAUCAUGAGGCCAUCACUUCGGGCUGCUUUGAUGAUGGGAAGACUAUCCUGUUCGAGUGUGAUGGUAGAGGUGAUAUCAACCUCUGUGAUAUGUGCUACAUCUUGUGGGGAGGCGAUGUCAUGAAGAUCGCAUACAAGUGCUCGAGAGUGUUGCUACCGGGGGCGUGGAACCCUGUAGGGCAGGGCCCGUGUCGGCUGGUCCAUUAUGGGGUUACGUGUGCUGAGUGCGGAGUGUCACCGAUACGCGGACGGAGGUACCAUUGCGAUUUCUGCACAGAAUAUGAUCUGUGCGAAGGCUGCUACAAAGAGGAGGCCAACAGAAAGCACAGGGAGACGCAUCUCUUCACUUUGGUGGUGAAGCCUGUAAAGGUGUGGACGGUCCAGAUGAGAGAGCCAAAGGGCACGCUCAUGAGCACCAUACCGUGCGAAAGGUGUGGCCAGCUGCCCGUUGGAGGCGCUACUUACAGCACGGUGGCAUUGCCAGACUCCCACUACUGCUUGCCUUGUUACCGUGAGGGCCUCCGUUUUGAGGCUCUCUGUGUGCGAGGGCCCUACAAUGCCCAUUACUACCCUGUCAAUAGGGGAGCGUUGAAGAUACGUCAAAGGAAAUUGGAAGCUCUCGAGGAUUCGCUGGCCAGCUCGUGGCUGAUGCAGCCACUCGACCGGCAGUUGAAGGGGGAGGAGCCCUUCCCCCUAGAGCCUGACUUCCCUCCAAACCCGGUUAUCAUCGAGAUGGCGAACGACUACGUCCUCAAAGUGAGCUAUGGCGGAGAAUCUCUUCGCGUCAAACUGAGAGUUGACAAGUUCACGACGAUGGGGCAGUUGAGGAAGCUGAUCGUAACAGCCUGGCCUUUCCUCGAAGAAGGUGUGUGCAAGGUUAUACUGCCAAACGGUGGUGUAUUGGGACAGAAGGGCAUUAAGACUCCGGUGGUCGCCUACUUGCCGGCGGACCGCAAGGACCCGUCAGGGCAUGUUCCUGAACUCAGGCUCAAGGUUGAGUCAUCGGAGAGCCCUAGUGUGUCGGCACCGUCCGUGGGACAGCAGGAAGGGGUGCAGGCUGUCGAUGGGCAUCCUUUGGCGGUGACCUAUUGGGAAACAUGCGAUGGGUGUGGGAUGUUCCCGAUCGUGGGGCAAUGGUAUAUCUGCUUUACUUGCCGUCAGAAGGACCUGUGCUUCGCGUGCCGCAAUGGACACGCUGGUGGUCAUAAGGUGAUCUCCUAUGCUCCCUCUGUUGAUGGUAUUUGGGAAAAUUAUGGUCUAUUCGAGAGUCUGCCUCGACAAGCUUUCAAGCUGAGGGCCCUGGGUGUUCCAACAGUGCAGCCGAAGUUCGAGUAG